AUGAUAAAAGAUUACGAUUAUUUAUUCAAGCUAGUAAUAAUAGGAAAUAGUGGUGUUGGAAAAUCAUCAUUAUUGCUAAGAUUUAGUGACGAUUAAUUUAAUGAAAAUUACUUGACAACAAUUGGCGUCGAUUUUCGUUUCAGGACUUUAAAUAUAGAUUAAAAGCAAGUCAAAUUAUAAAUAUGGGAUACUGCUGGUCAAGAAAGAUUUAGGACAAUAACUUCUGCAUAUUAUAAAGGAGCGGAUGGAAUAGUUAUUGUAUAUGAUGUUACAAAUUAGAGUUCUUUUGAUGAUAUUGAUAAAUUUUGGAUAAGUGAAGUGGAAUCUUAUGCUGAAAAAAAUGUUGAAGUUUUAUUAAUAGGUAAUAAAAUAGAUCUUAAUGCUUAAGUUUCCAAUGAAAAAGCAAAAGAAUAUGCUAAAAAUAAAAAUAUGGAAUUUUUCGAAGCCUCCGCUAAAACUUCAGACACAGUAUAACUUGCUUUUUUAACUUUGACAAGGAAUCUUAUAGCGAAUGCGGAUUACAUUUGA